AUGAACUUUCAUUAUUCAACAACUACGACGCACCGUCCGCAAACUACUUCUUCACAUUUCAACGAAGACGCACGCUGUGAUAACGAGGUUAAUUUAAUUUUGGAAAAAAACUACAAUCAACAACUUUUCGAACAAUCAACUCAUUCAGAACAACAACAACAACAACAAGAGCAACAGCAACAGCAACAGCAACAGCAACAGCAGCAGCAACCACAGCAACAACAGCAACCAACAGAAGCACAAACAAGUGCUGUCGUAAGUCAAACAGAUCAAUACUACUUCAUGCCGAUUCGGGAACAAAGUUCAACGAUGGCCUUACAUACAAAUAAUAACUCAACAGUGGAUAAUACUUCAAUAAUGUCAGUCGUGCAUGAUAAACCGCCCAAACUUGAUCUGUUUGAUUACAAUGCUACGACUAAGUCGAAUACAAGUUCUUUUGCAUCGGCAGCUUCAAUGAAAGGAAAUACGAAUUACUUAGACGAUACCGAUCUGGCGGGUUUGUUUGCCUCAUCAAUUGUUUCUAUAACUCGAUCAACGACAUCAAUGGAUAAGAAUGAUAUAACAGAUAAUCCGAAUACAUUGGAUGAUAUCUUUUUUCAACAAGUUAGUGAACUUGUUUGUGCAUCGCAACAAAAUCCUCUUGGCCCACCCCCUGGAUUUGAAAAUUUCCACUUUGACACAACGUCAUCGUCAUCGGAUAGUUUAACUACAGUUUCCUCCAUUAGCACUGCUGCUGCUAUUGGUCAAUCAAAAAUUUCUACUUCAGAUACAACUAAUUUUAGUCAGUUAUUACCUUCGACGAAAGUCGAUGUUAGCCAACAAUCAGCACUCAUGAACGGCAACGUUUGCUCAUCAUCAUCCUCUCAUUCGUCAUUUGCAUCUGAUGAUCAAACGAUAUUUUUUCCAUUGGGUGCUCAUCUCUAUUCAUCAUCAAGUCAGAUUUUUCCCAUCAAUACGCUCUCGUCCGGAACAAGCAAUUCAAUGGAUUCGAAUGCAAAACCAUUUCUACCCAAUAGUCUUUCAACGAACGCGAAACAUUUCGCUGCAUCGGAUAAAAGUGGUGGAACGAGUCCAAAAGUGACAACACAGAUUGAUAAUGAUACCUUAUCAAAAGAUAGAGAUGCAACGCCAAACCAAAUUUUCCAUUCGCCUGAUUUAUUUUUCACAAAUGGCCAAGCAGAUUUUCCUCCAGCGAAACCAUCAUCUAAUAAAACUUCAUCUGCAUCAACGAAUCGGCAAUCGUCAUCAUCAGCAUCGUCGUCAACAUCAUCCUCGAUCGAUGAUGCACUCAUUCAACUUAGCCAACAACAACAACAACAGUCACAAACACAAGUGCCAGCAGUUAACAAGCUCUUCUCAGAUGAUUCGCUUUCAAUAUUCAAUUUUCCAACAUCAAAACCAACGACACACAUUGAUAAACAACAGCGCGCGGUUCAUGAUAACAUCAACGUUCUGGCUUCAAUGGCAGCAGCUUCAACGCCCAUCACACCCGAAUCACCUUGGCAACAGCCAACAACUCAUCCUAACAUGAAUGCUCAAGCAAAACUGCCAUCGAUGCGUCAGCAACAACAGCCAUCUGUUGUUCCACCGUCGCCAUCAAAAAAUUGUUCUUCAAGUAUGCAAGAGUUAAUGGAGAAUCUAAAUGAACUUUGCUAUCGUGGCUUUGACGAACUUAACGCACUUAUUCAAGAACAACGAUGGGUUCAAAAUUAUCUCAAUAUCAGUUCCUCGUCGUUGCCUUCAUCGAAUUUACCAUCAGGAAAUCUCAAUGAUGUGAAAUGUUGCUCGUCACGUAUACUAAUCGUACCCGAGUAUUUUAUCUUCAAGUGUAAAAAGGUGGAAGUUACUGCAAGUCACGUUUACAAUUUAUUAGCAACAGGCCGGCCGGAAUUACGUUUACGAGAUUUGAUGUUUGUGUUCAAAUCAUGGAGAGAAACGAUUGCUAACGCGGAACAUGUUCAUCAGGAAGAAGAUGUCAAAUUGCGACUAAACACUGAACAUUUCCCUUCGUAUUACAUGAAUGAAACUAUAUUACAAGCAGUUUUUGAACGAGCUUAUCUCGUAAUUCGACAACUUGUCAGUAUGACACAACAAGCUCGUGCUGCUUUUCAAUACGCUACAUUAAAUGUCUUUCAAAUGUCGUCUCGACAACCAAGUCAAAGCUCGUCGAAUCUAUCCCAGUCAUCCAAUUCCAUAGGUCUCGCUCAAGUACAAGGAAUACAACAGCCCAAAUCCUCGUCGAUUCAUCGUCUAAGUGGUUCUAUGCGAACAACACCUUAG